AUGGGCUUUUUUAUAUCGCGAACAUGGCGACUGCCAUCAAUCAUCUGGUUCCUCAUGGUCUUCGAGCUGCCCUUUACCGUCGCCAACCUUGCGCUCUUCGGCAUUGCCUCACCCAACCUAUAUCGCACCAUCCUGUGGAAAGAGGGCGGACAGAGAGGCUUCAAUUCGGACCCCAGCACCGUUCUCUACUCGUAUGCCAACUACCGGCCCGUAGAGACACCUCUCGUAUGGAGCAGCUUCAACACACAAUAUCAUCUUGUCAUUGGCGUUGUGUGUACCUUUUUCUGGCUUGUCAAGGUGACCCUAUGGCUCCUCAAAGUUCUAUACCCGAUCCUGUCGCUUCCCCUCCACAUCGCCCUCGCCUGUCUAUGGGCAUACGGAAUCCAUGUUCAAACUGCUCCUGACACCAUUGAUCCACAACGCGUGAACAACGGACCACCGUGGUACAUUACAAAGAACUGCGAUAUUGUCGAAGACAAGAACAUCAGAAGCUACUGCAUGCAAGCAAAGAGCAGUUUUGCUGUUAGUAUCAUUAUGCUAGCAAUUUAUUGUGUGUUUAUCAUCCUGUCUGUCUGGUCUUUAAUCCCCACCGCUGCUCAAAAAGAAGCACAUGCCGUUAGGAAGGCGGAAAAGAAGGCCGAGAAGGAGAAGUGGGAAUCUUCACCCUACGACAACGAAAUGACAGCCGAAGAACAAUGGCAACACAUGUGGGAACUGCAGCAAUUACCCCGUACUCCCGGCACAAUUGGCGGCAUGAAGUCACCCAUGACGCCACGCACUCAAGCCUUUAACAACCUGGGUGGUGAAGAGGCUGGACAUGGUGGUUUUUAUCCGCCUACAGGGCAGCAUGGAUGGUACGGCCCACCACAGCACGGUGGUGUGCCGGUGGAGACCGUCAGUCCAGUAAUGGAACAUGAUGAGUAUCCAUACGCCCAUGACAAUAGGGGGAAGUCCAUGGGAUGGGGUGGUAACGCGUACUGA